CACCAUGCCAACAUUCGGAUUAGUGUAAAACUGAAAUAACGGGUGUGAUUCUUUCAUUUUAGGCUUUAGCAAUGAAUACGUUAUUUGCGAUCGCUUUGGUGUUUGUUGGUUGCUGCAGUAAUGUUGUGUUUUUGGAACUUUUGGUUAGGGAUUUCCCAGGAUGUGGGAAUAUUGUCACUUUUGCCCAGUUUGCCUUCAUUGCACUUGAAGGGUUCAUCUUUGAGACAAACUUUGGACGCAAAAAGCCACACAUACCCCUCAGUAACUAUGUGAUCAUGGUGAGCAUGUUCUUUACGGUCAGCGUGAUCAAUAACUACGCUCUGAACUUUAACAUCGCCAUGCCCCUGCACAUGAUCUUCAGAUCAGGAUCUUUAAUAGCAAACAUGAUCCUCGGUAUUAUCAUCUUGAAGAAAAGAUAUUCGGCGAGUAAAUAUCUCUCCAUCGUGCUGGUGUCUUUGGGCAUUUUCAUUUGCACUAUUAUGUCGGCCAAACAAGUGCAUGUUGAAAAAGGGGCCACAGAGGAAGAUGGUUUUUAUGCCUUCAUGCAUUGGAUUCUGGGGAUCGCCAUGCUGACGUUCGCCUUGCUGAUGUCUGCAAGAAUGGGUAUUUUCCAGGAAACUCUGUAUAAGGAGUAUGGCAAACACUCCAAGGAGGCUUUGUUUUACAAUCACUGUCUGCCUUUACCGGGAUUCCUCCUGCUGUCAACAGACAUCUACAGACACGCCGUGCUCUUCAGCCAGAGCUCUCCAGUGGAAAUCCCUGUGAUUGGUCAGUCUGUGCCAGUCAUGUGGUUAUACCUUCUGAUGAAUGUCAUCACCCAAUACGUGUGCAUCCGCGGCGUCUUCAUUCUGACCACAGAGUGUGCAUCGCUCACCGUUACUCUGGUGGUGACGCUUCGCAAAUUCCUGAGUCUCAUUAUCUCCAUCCUGUAUUUCAAUAAUCCCUUCACAGCUUGGCACUGGGUCGGCACGGCCGUGGUGUUCCUGGGAACACUGCUCUACACAGAAGUCCUCUCCAGCAUUCGUGUCGCAAUGAAAGGAGAGAAAGCUGACAAGAAGGCAGAGUAAAUUAUGGAAGCCCUUGUAUGCCACAAAAUACAAAAAUGUAUUUGACUCUUUUUCUCACAGUAAUGACUCUUUUGUCAAAAUUGUGAGUUAAAUGUCAAAAAUUUGAGAAAAAUGUCAGAAUUGAGAGAUUCAAAUUUGGAAUUCUGAGAAGAAAGUCAAAAAUUGGCUUUUUAAUUUUUUUUAAAAUUCCGUGUUGGAUAGAAGCUUUCAUAGUAAAUUGUGUAAAGGAAGUGUAAUACCUCUUUAGCUUUGUAUAAGUGUGUUUUGUUGGUGUGUGUCCCAUCACUAUUCAUUUUAAAGUUAUUCACUGUGGACGGAUGAGCACUUGAGGUACAUUUGGCCAUUUUUAUGAGCUGCUUUUGAGCCAAGUGUGUGUAAGAUAGAGCGUUUGCCUGCCAGAUUUUACCAUGUGUGACCUGUUUCAGUAUCUAGGUCUGUUUUUGCAGAAAUAGACACUUUUAUUUUAUUCCUGGCACCACAUUUACUAACAUAAUGGUCCAUUUUUGCUAGUUUUGUUAGCAUGUUCAGGACUUGCAGCUAUUUUUAAUAAGUGUUAAUGUUUACUACAAGUUAGUGGUAUUUAUUUAUUUUCCAUUUUUAAACACAGCCGGUUUUAGUAAGUCAGUAAAUAUGUUGGCCCACUUACAUGUGUCUUUAUUCAGGUGAUAUGAUAAAGUAAGACAGACUUCGAACGGUAAUGCACCUUCUACUAAGGUUUCAGUCAGGUUAAGGCAAAUACUGUAGAAAACAACUGCCAAUAUUGUCAAAAAUAUCUACACUUAUGUCCAUGAGGCUGGAAUUUGUAAUUUGGCAUGGAUUUGUGUAAGAUGUUUAUUUAUUUAUUUUUAUUACCAGCUAACACAAACCGACCUCAUAAACUGAAGGAAAUCAUCUCUUUUGUGCAGUUCUUUCAAUCUCAUCUGCAUUUUCUGCACAA